UGAAACUUCAAUUCACUCAUUCUUGAAAAGAAUCUUGAACUCCAGCUUCAAUUCGUACAGCACACUUCCGUCCUUGAGUUUAUUUCCAGAUAGGAAAAGAGCGGCGUAGAUUCAAGAUGAAGGUCCUCGUUGUCGGUGCUGGCCCCUCAGGCCUCACCCUCGCCCUCCUCCUCGCAAAAGCAGGCAUUAAGAUCACCCUACUAGACGCAGCACCCACGGUCGACGACCGCCCGCGGGCAGCACACUACGCUCCCUCCGCCAUCCGUGUCCUGAAAGCCGCCGGUGUCCUCGAGGAUGUUCGCCGUGACGGUCUAAUCCCCAAGAAUAUGACAUGGAGGAAAAUUGACGGGAGUGUGAUCACGAGUAUCACGGAUGUGGCUCAGCCAGGGACACCAGACGCGUUGACGGUGCUGCCGUUGAAUAUGCUUGGGAAAGUACUGUUGAGCCACUGCGAGGGGAAUGCGAAUGUGACGGUGUUGUGGAAUAAAAAGGUUGUUGAUGUGGGCACGGAUGGGGAUGGGAAAGGGGCUUGGGCGAAAGUACAGGGGGAACAGGGAGAGGAAACGUGGACUGCGGAUUAUAUCUGUGGGUGUGAUGGGGCGAAUAGUCAGGUUCGGAAGAGUCUGUUUGGAAAUGAGUUUCCGGGACACACGUGGGAUGCGCAGAUUAUUGCUACAAACGUGUAUUACCCCCUGGAUAAGUUCGGCUACGACGACAUCAACUUCAUCAUCCACAACGAAGACUACUACAUGGCCGCAAAAAUCACCACCGACGGCCUCUGGCGCGUCUCCUACGGCGAAGAUACAAAGCUCACACCUGAAGAAGUCGUCGCACACCAGCCCGCAAAGUACGAACGCAUGCUCCCCGGCAACCCCAAACCAGGCGACUACAAACUGCUCAACGUGGGCCCCUACCGCAUCCACCAACGCAUGGCGCCCGCCUUCCGCGUCGGGCGGAUCCUGCUCGCCGCCGACGCCGCCCACCUCUGCAACCCAUUCGGCGGUCUCGGCCUCACUGGAGGCCUGGUAGAUGUCGGUGGUCUUGCGGAGUGCUUAAUAGGCGUUCAGAAUGGCUGGGCUGGGGACGAGAUACUGGAUAAAUAUGAUGAGAUUAGAAGGGAGAAGUUUCAGGAGGUUAUUAACCCGAUUAGUAGUAGUAAUUUUUUGAGGGUUAGCGCUACGGAUCCCGGGGAGGCCUUGGUCAAUGAUGAGUUUUUGAUGAUGGUUGAGAAAGCGAGGACGGAUAAGGAGACGAGGGAGGAGUUGGAUCAGGGUGUCUUUGCUGUGUGUCAUGACUUUACGCAGUAUUAUGAUAAGGAGAAGGCGCCGAAGGCUGAGGCGAGGUUAUAGGGUGAGGAAAAUGGUGGGCUUUGGGG